AUGUCUAUUUCUCCUCCAAAGUCUGUCUUAAAGCCUGCUGCAGCUAAGUACCUCUGCAGCUCCUCUCUUAGCCAAAGCCACUACCAUCUCUUGCUUAGAUUUCUUCAAGCUAUCCUAACAAGUGGCCCCACUUCCACCCCUGCCCCCAACCCCAGGUUUCCCACAGGCUGUUCUCUCCCAGUCUUUCUACUCCCUUCUGUCUGUUUCCACCUCGUGCUCAGCUGCAGGACUGUGGAGCACUCAGAACACCCACCCCCUGGCCACUUCUGUGCAUUUGUACCUGCACAGAGGUACCUGGGCUCAAAUACCUUCAUGUCCUUUGACCUUUAG